CUUGCAGUGUAUAUUAUUAUUCUGAAAUAUAAUUAUCAAAUAUUAUGAAAACUGUAUUGAUUUUGGCACUCUUGUGCUGCGUUGCUCUUACCGUUUACGCUCAAGGUCCUGAGCCUAAGCCUACACAUGGACCCGGUCCUGAGCCUGAACCUACUCCUGAGCCUAUUCCUGAUGAGCUUAGGUGCGACACUUGCAUAUCAUUGGCAUCUAUAAUUAAGGACUAUAUUGUGGAGCGUGUUCCAGUAGGUGAAGUUAGAAGAGAAGUAGAAAGAUUGUGCGAUGAUUUGGCAGAUCAAUUGAGAGAGGCCUGUGAAAGGGAACUGCUUCCCAAUCUUGACAAAGUCUACGAAGAGCUUAAAGAACAUACACCCCUAGAGUUAUGCGAAAAACAUAACUAUUGUCCAAAUCCAAGGAAGUAAUAAUCGAAAUAUGUAUAUAUAUAGCUACAAAAGCACAAAAUAAAUUUUUUAUUUUGAA